AUGUCAGUUCUUCUAAGAAAUCCCACCCUAAAUCAUCGACUGGAAGUGAUUGUUCAACCACAAUACUUCGAAGAGGCUCUUUCAUGUCUUGUGGAAUCAAUCAUAUACGUAAGAAGCAAAGGCAAAAUGGUACGGGAUCCAAAACUUGUUUAUCGCGAAGACACGAUGAAAACGGCCAUGAAAUACUGCACAUCGUUUAAUCUGCAAUAUUCUUGUAAUGAAUCGAGUGAACUUCAGAGCAGAAUUCUGGACCAAAUCCAAAGAAUUCGGUGGCUUUGCUGCGUAGAAGGACAAAAUGCAAACUGCAGUUUGAGCAUGAAAUUCUACAAGAAUUUCAUCAGUCCAACUAAAUUUAGCAGUGCUCUGCAAAUUUUUGAAAUAUGGCAGAUACGCAUUCGAAUAGUGACUUGCGCAGAGGCGGGACAUUCUCAAAACCAAGUACAGGAAAUGGUAAAUACUUUAAGGGACUGUAUAUCUUAUAUCCACGAAUGCAAAUUUUGUAUUUCCCCUUUAUCGAACAUUGAUACUUUUGAAGAUUUGGUCAAUAUUCUUGACUUGGUAUCCUUCACUGAUGUUUCGUUGUAUCAUUUCUUCUUUGAUCUUAACUUCCAAAAUCCUGAUGAAGAUCAAAGCGUUUCGCAAUAA